AUGCGCAGCAGCGGGCGCCUGGGCGCUCCGUGUUUGCUGCGGAGGCGCCUUCGCUCUGGGAACUUGUUCUGUCACCGAGUGCGCCCGGCUGGCCUCUUUGACCCUCUUGGUAUCGGGUGGGCGGCAUCUUGGGUGGCUGGGGUCUGGGACGCCACUUUUCUGGACGCUCCUCGGCUAAGAAGAAGGGCGCGGUUGGAAACCACAUCCCUGAAAGGUGGAAAGACUAUCUCCCAGUUGGACAGCGGAUGCCUGGGACUCGGUUCAUUGCUUUCCAAGUUCCUUUGCAAAAGGUGGAAAGACUAUCUCCCAGUUGGACAGCGGAUGCCUGGGACUCGGUUCAUUGCUUUCCAAGUUCCUUUGCAAAAGAGUUUUGAAGAGAAACUUGCUCCAGAAGAACACUUUUCCCCUUUGAAUCGUUUUAACAAAACCCGAGAAUCAAAUGAAGAACUAGGACUGAUAAUUGAUUUAACGUAUACUCAACGGUAUUACAAGCCAGAGCUGAUCUGGAUAUGGACAUCUGGAAAACUAGCCACCAUGUUGGAUCACAAGAACAAGGGUCCUAACGUUGAUCUGGGAGGAUUUGUGAACUGUAUGGAAAUAAGUCCCUGAAAACUUUGUGAUGAACUUGCCCUGGAUACCUGGAUACUUCCUGACUCCUUUUACAUGAAAACAAAUGAAACCGUGUACAUCUAAGCCACCAUUAUUUGUUUUUUUCUGCCAUGUGAAUGUAAACACAGACCUAACUGAUAUAAUCAUUGUCAUGUUUCCUUGUGUGUCUGGUGAUUUUUUAUUGUGAUCUUUCAUUUGGUUUUACAUAAUCUAUGGGAAUCCUGAAUCUUUGAAUUAAUGACACCUUUCUCCAAAAGGGAUUUUCAUUGACUUAUUCCUGGAGUGACGUGUACUACCAACAAAGGAUAGCUUUAGGUUCCUUAAUGAGGUCAAAGGCCCUGGUGGCAGGCUCAGAGCUUAAGUUCCUAUUUCUGCACUUAUGGCUGACAUUGGCAUUUAUUCUUCAAGCUUUGUGGUUGCUUACCUCUCUCGAUUCUAGCAUUACUUCACUGUGCAUGUUCGCGUGCUGUUGUUUUAUUGUCAUUUAAAAUUCCUUUUGUUUCUUGUGGGGCGCAAUGUAUUGAAAAACAUGUUAUAAUAUGAAUUUAAUGCCAUUGUAGUGGAGUAUUACUUCAGAGUACUAUCUUGUUCACCAUUCAACCAGAUACCAUUUUUUUUUUUUUCCCUCCUUAGAGAUGACCGGUAAGGGGAUCUUAACCCUUGGCUUGGUGUUGUCAGCACCACACUUUCCCAACUGAUCUAACCAGCCAUCCCUAUGUAGGGAUCCGAACCCAUGGCCUUGGUGUUAUCAGCACCACACUGUCCCAAGUGAGCCAUGGGCCGGCCCCAAAGCAGAACCCUUCUAAAAACCAGAUUGGAACCACUUUCUCUGACCAUAGCCUUCAUUUAUUAAUUUGUACCGGGGGUUUAUGUCAUGGUCAUUAACUAUGAUGCUCUCUUUUAAAGAGUUUCUGGGAGCUCUUUCAGAUCACACAGGCUCAUUUCUCUCUCUCCAAAGAUUCUGAUGCAUUGCCAGGGAUGUGUCAUAAAAUUGUAUUAAUGGUAUAAUAUUAUACUUAUCACUCUGCAAAUUCCUUUUUUGUUCAAUAAUGUAGCAUACUGCAUCUCAGGACUUAUAGUCACCUCAUUCUUUAUUCAUACCUGAAUAGUAUUCCGUGGUUAUAUAUCACAGUUUAUUGAACAAUUUGGCUAUGCUAAUCAUUUAGGUUGUUUCCAAUUUUUGGAUAUUAUAAACACUGCUGUGCUGUA